AUGUUUGAAAACAGCGAUUCAGAACGCACCGCCACUCAACACCCCGUGCCAUUCCUCUGGACUAAAGAGAUCAUCGACACCAUGAUCCAAGACACCAAGAACAUCCGGCACGAGAUGUGCCACAACCUCAACAAAAGUGUCUUAACAAGGGACAACGACUCAUCCGUCCUCUACUGGGGCCCUGAUCUCGAGUGCUAUAACAUGUGCCUCAGCGAGCAAAUGAUCAAGAUUGAUCGCGCAAUCAAGAGGUACAAACAGCUCCUGGAUAACAAGGAGGCAACUCACGAGACUGUUGAUGAUAAGAACAGGCUUGUUAGGGUGUGGAAAGAGCUGAGAGCGCGGAGGAGACCUAGGGCGACGGAUCGAGUGGUAACGGAUGCGAUGGGGGGACCGGAUUCGUUGGAGCCGAAGUACUUUGAGACGCAGGAGUUUACAGACUUUGCGGACGAGAUUGGAAAUAUCAGGAUACCGAGGUAUUUAAGAUAG